AUGGGUGACCCCGGUGAGGCCAAGAGGAAGCUCCUCCAGCUCAUUACGACCGUGAGCCCGAGAGACAUCCACGCGACGGGCAAGGGCAGUUGUGGCGUCGGUCUCACGGCUGCGGUCGUGCGCGAACAGAUCACCAAGGAGAUGAAGGCGGCGCGCUAG